UGCUGCACCACUGAAACAAACGGCAAGGUGCAGCAGCUCGUGAACUAGGCGAAUCGAACGGACGUUAUACUUGGCCCUACUCCCCUCCCGUCCGGAACCAAGCCAGGAAUCCGAAAAUCGAAUAGGUUUGUUCGCCCUCAAUCUCGGAAGCCGCAGCCGGCAUGUCGGCAGCGCGUGUCUCGAAGAGUCUUAUGUUCCAUCGAGUUUUAUAGGUACUGCCCGUGCUGGCAUGUGGCGCGGCGCUUUAUUGAAGCGCAUCUCGCCGCUGAACACCAUCGCAUUUGAAGGGAGCACUCGCGAGCGCCCGUUGUGAUGCGGCUGGACCACGUAGCUGCCGUACUCGAGCAGCUGCUGUCACCCGUGGGCAUCGAAACAUAUCCUUUCAAGAUAUUGUGGUACAACGAGCGCGUGCCGGAUGCAUUCAAGUUCCCGCACCAGUCGGACACCCUGUGCUUCGUGGCCCUCAGCACACCGUCGACGUUUGAAAAGGCAUUCUUGCCAUUCAUCCUGGACAACCGGAACUCUACAAUCAAGGACCCCUACGAUCAGUGCAUGACGGCCUGCUUUGCCAGGGUCAAGCAGGCUUUUCCUAAUGAUGUGGUGGAGGUCAUUCAAGAUUUUGAACUACAUUCCAAUCGACGACCAAAGGUCAUCAUGCAGACUGCUGGUCAUGUGGCCGGUGCUGUGCACUAUUACAGCUGUAGGGGCAUGCAGUUUGACCAGGAGCUACCACCAAAAAAAAGGCUUCUUGGUGUCAGCAUUCACCCGCGAUAUGGUGGGUGGUUCGCAUUUCGAGCCGUGCUCAUCUUCCACGAUGUCAGUGUACCAGAUCUGCAGCGGAGGCAGCCGGUGGAUGUUGUUUGUUCUGACGAGCAGCGAAAAAACCUUGUGCGCCUGUUCAACUUCUCAUGGCGUGAUGGACGCUAUCGUGACAUCAUCAAUGUGGAGGAGCGCUACUCUGUGAGACAGCAGGAAUACUUCAACACGCUACCUGCCUACAGGUGGCAGCUCAUUGAGAAGUGGAGGCAAGAGGCUAGCUCCCGCACGCAGCUCUCCUGAUGACGCUUGCAUUGGUUAGAUGGCGAAACUUGUAGUCAAAAUUCCACAUCUUGAAUUAACAUUCUAAGCGUUGGAAAUUCAUCCAGUUCCACAAAAUUUUCUAUAGGUGGCAUGGAAACUGUAAUUUCUGUGAGUUCGUUUAUUUAAACGAAGACGUUCUAUGGCAUCAGUUAAAAGAAGAUGCAGAAAGAAUGUGUUGUGAAAUGGGGGCCUAUUUCCAGCUACUACAUUUCAACUUGUGCAUGGGCAUUUUCGACAUGGCCAGUAAGUUAACCUCCAGGCUUAUGUGCCUUUGUGUUGAUUUUCUAAUCGUUUUCUGGGUAUGGAUAAAGUUGUCUGUGUGGCAUGGCCAGCUCCGUCAAGUGGUUUUGUUAAAGGGACGCCGAACAAAGCUUCUGCUGGCAAGAUUUUCGGCAGUAUUGAGACUCGGGUGCUAAAAGUUGUUAGCACACAUUGUUUUCAGGUAAAAGCAGGUGGAAAAUAAUGAAAUUAUUGCAUUUUUUAUAAACUCCUGCAUCUAGCAGCUGAGCUAAGAGGCGGCACCUCCCCAGGGAAGUAAGCAUGGCUACCGUGUCCAGCCUCUUGCUCUCCAAAAACACUUUCUAAAACCAUAUCAGAUAGAUGGCACCUGGACUGAACAGUACUUCCAGGUGGGGCAAGUCUCAGCACUUCUUUGAAAAGACACCCUGCUUCUGCAGUGGGGAUGUCGAUGUGCAGCUCUGUGCACGGUGCUGUACAGCCACUCAUAAUCCUCCAAAAAAUGCAGGUCUCCAUUGCAAACCAACUUCUGUUCGUUGUAACACUGCUGUCUUUCAAGUGGAAUCGAUCACUUCUACCUAGUUUUGUUCAGUAUCCUUUUAGACAUGUUCAUAACCAGCAUUUGUGCUCUUCACAAGAAAAACAGGUUGCAUGUGUGGUGAUAGCGUGCAGGAUAAUUGAAUGCUCCAGUUUAUAUUCAAUUUAUUUUCAUCAGCUCACAAAGGGAUCAAGUUGUGAUAUUGAUUUAACCAAGUCCCAAACUACCUAAAAGAAAAUUGUUUACUACUAUUGGUUCAAUUUUUUAUUUACUUCAUUGGCAUCAUGUAGAUAAAAAGACUGCAAAUAAAAGAUUUUGCAUAAAUGGCUGCUGGCAGGGCAAAACUUGACUGCAAUUUCGCAGCCAUGCCUAUGUAAUUAUAAUAAAAAAAUGUUUAUAGUAGACAAGCCUGUUAAAA